AUGUUGAUGAUACAGCACUUGGAAACAGAUCCCAGGCCGUCCAAUGGCGCCGGAGGAGAUGGAGUGGUCGAUAGCACCGCUUUAAUUGAAGAGGCUGAAGACCAUUUCAACGUUUCGGGCACCUCUGUCUUGGCAGCCUGGGGUCUGACCUUGAUGGCUGGGAUCAUGAUCAUCACUUUGUACUCCCUUGGCCGGCGGAAAAGCAUGAGCACGAAAGGCAAAGCCUGGGCAAUAAUUUGGUUACCCCGCAUCAAACACAUCGAGAACAAGCUGAUCGCGUUUCGCGAGAGACACAAGAAUGCAAAAGAGGAUCCUGUGAAGUCGGAGAAAGCGGGAGAUGAGCCAGAGGAGAAGUACAGAGGUCUCCUGCCCCCAAGGGUUCCGAAGAUUGACAAAGAAGAGGGACUGUUCUCAUGGUUCAAUUGCCUACUGCCGAUCUUCUGGAAAGAGUUCUGGCAGCCUUUCCGCGGCAAGCCUCUCGAGAGGCAUGAUCAUGAAAUGCUCAAGCUAGUGGGAAUGGACGCAGUCACAUACCUGCAGUACCUUCGCAUGCUGCGCUGGCUUUUUCUAAGCUUGUCGAUUUUCGUAGCUGUCCCACUGGCACUCGCAAAUUACUACCUGAGCACUGGGGGAGACUUGAACAACGUUACUGCGGGACAAGUUGCAUCGUCUACCGCCUCCCAGGUCACUAGUGGUGGCGCACAGAAUGCCACGGACGUCUUAGACAAUCUGCAGAAGUUCACCGCUGCUGGAAUUCAGGGCAAUACUCUAUCGGUCCACAUAGUCUUCGAAUGGGUGACUUCGAGCCUUGUUCUUGCUUUUGUAAUCGGUCAUUCGUGGUACCAUGGUCAGCUUUUACAUUUCUGGGUCGACAAAAAUCAAUCGCACAUUGCAUUUCGGACUAUACUCCUUACUGAUUUUCGGAUCGAUCCCCAGAAGCGCGAUGGCAAAAAGACCAAAUCAGACGUAACGAUCAUCCAGGCAAAAGAUCGAAUUUGCAGAAUGCUAGGUAUACCGGAACGAGAGCGAGAAAAUGGUACUGGACUUACGAACAAGGAUGGCACGAAGAAAUGCACCGUGGUUCUGAAUCACAAGAUCUUGGAGGACUUGUCUAGGAUGAUUGCAGAAGUCAAAAAGACGCAUUAUCCUCGGAUCGAAAGGUCACUCUUCACCUUAGUCAAUCUGGCUAAGGAUCCGACUCGACACCUGUACGCCAAUUGCCUGCAUCGGUUCAUCGGGAAGACCAAGAGUACACACGAAAUUGAGAACGAGCUGGAGAAGAAAGCAGACGAUCUACAUGUAAAAGAAGCACAGAUCACCGUCAAGCAGAGAGAUGCCAAUACGCUCAUCGAAUCAAGCGAUGAUACACCGAUCGAGACAGUCAUCACGUCUGCCUUCGUGACGUUUGUUAGCUCGAAGCGGGCGUUUGAAGUUCUCGCGGAUGACGAAGUGCGUCGUAGAGCGGCAGAAUUUGGUUUCCGCGUUGACCGGGCACCCAGACCUGACAACAUUGUCUGGAAUAAUCUCAGCUAUGACAAGCAAGCCCGGCGAUCACAUACGAUCUCUGGAUACAUUGCGCUCUCUAUCAUUUUCGCAAUAUACACCGUACCACUGAUGUUCAUCACUGUCCUCGCGAAUGUCGACACGGUUGCUGACAACGUCGAUUGGCUCGGCGAUUUGCGAGACACAAAUACCUUCACCAAAGUUAUUUUUACUGCGCUUGCAGGAGUUCUGCCUCCCGCUGUCGCGGCGGCAUUCGCAUACGUCCUACCAUAUGCCAUUCGCUGGCUGGAUAAAUGGUCAGGAGCGCUCAGUCGUGGAGAACUAGACAAGCAUGUCAUCAAGUCCUUGUUUGCCUUUCAACUUUUCUCCAGCUUUGUCGUAUUCUCGCUGUUCGGAGUAAUCUGGGAGACUUACCUCACUAUACGAGACCAAAUUGGGGUCAAAACUUGGUCUGAAAUCGUGGCUGGACUUGGCGACGUCCCGACCCAGAUUACAAAAGUGUACAUCUCUGAGAGCUCUUAUUGGCUCUCUUGGUACCCCGUUCGAUGUGCCGUUGUCAUCCUUCAGCUCAUCCAGCUCCCUCGGUUGCUUUUGAAAGCGUGGCAGCUAAUUAAUGCAGACCAGCGUCGGCCGACGCAAUUGAAGGAGAUUGCACAGCCGAGAAACUUCGAGCUGUUCGCAAUGGGUGUCGCACUCAUUUACACACCCUUAGCGCCUCUGGUGGUGAUCGCUGCCACUUUGGUCUUCUGGGUCUACAGUAUAGUCCACCAAAAUAUCAUCCUCUACGUUGAAGAGUUCAAAGAAACUGAUGGUAAAGUAUGGCAAGUUGUCAAGAUUCGAUUACUGGCCGCGACGGUAUUGAUGCAGUUGUUGAUGACACUGACCAUCGCAUUGAAGACUGAAUCUCCUUUCAUGACGGUCGCGGCGUUCCUCCCUUGCAGUUUCUUCCUGGGCUUUUACCACAUUGAUCAACGUACAAACUAUUUCUCACGUCGCGUGGACCCUAGACAACUCGUCGAUUCAGGUUACGGUCUAGGGAAACCUAUCCCUUAUUUCAAGCAUGAACUUUUGGACGAUAGUUGGAAACCGGACCUCCAUUGGGUCCCUACUGAUAAAGACAUCAUUAGUGAGAUUACUGAAAAGCAUUGGUGGGCAAAGAGAAUAUUUCGACGUAAAGACAAUACCAAUAGGGACUUAGAGACAGGCUCAGAGAGAAAAGGGUCAAGGUCGAGGUCAGGAUCUGGGUCGGGGUCAGGAUCAAGAUCAAGAUCUCGCCCAAAAGGUUUCAAGCGGUGA